UCUCGCCGAUUUGGCUUACAUGUGUAUCAUCGCACACGGCUAUCUAUCUCUUGGUAGCUUCUUCCUUUUUUUCCUCCACCCCAUCGUCAUCGAUAUCGCUCUCGUGUGUACCAUCUCAAGAGGGACGGAACGAGCCUUCUCGAGUUUACCGAUCGCCGUCUCGGGGAAUGGAUCGGCUCUUGCACCUGCGAUAGGCGCGUUCGGGUGUUUUUACUUUUCGAUCGGGGACUUUUUUUUUUUUUAUUUCAUGAUGAGUGUCACGCGAGCUUUUGGCGCGCCUAUGCUCAGGCGCUUCUCUCUGGGAGGAAGCAAGAUUUUGCGCUGCGACAACUCGACUUUUUUAAUCAACUCGUCGCGAGCGCUCAGUACGCCCAAGGAAAAACAGCUGCUCAAGCGCUACGAGUCCAAGCUCCGGGGCAAAGUGAUCGCCAUCCGCAGGGAGGACCAAUCGGUAUGGGAGCGUCGCGCCCCCCUUGCCCCGGCCAACGUGCGCCGGCUGGUGCGCUCCGGCGUGAAGGUCAUAGUCCAGCCGAGCAACCGGCGCUCUUACCCGGCGGGCAGCUACUUGGCGGCCGGCGCCUCCGUCCAGGAGGACAUAAGCGGCGCGUCGGUGAUAUUCGGGGUGAAGCAGGUGCCGAUCGACCAACUGAUACCUAACAAGACGUACUGCUUCUUCUCGCACACGAUCAAGGCCCAAGAGUCCAACAUGCCCCUGCUCGACGCCAUCGUCGACAAGAACAUACGGCUGCUCGACUACGAGAAGCUCACCGACGACAACGGCCAAAGGCUCGUCGCUUUCGGCAAGUACGCCGGGGUCGCCGGUAUGGUCAACAUCCUCCACGGGCUCGGGCUGAGGCUCCUCGCCCUCGGACACCACACGCCCUUCAUGCACAUCGGGCCGGCGCACAACUACAGGAACUCGGGUAUGGCCAGACAGGCGAUACGGGACGCCGGGUACGAGAUUGCGUUGGGUGCCAUGCCGAGGUCGGUGGGUCCGUUGACCUUUGUAUUUACGGGCAGCGGCAACGUGAGCCAGGGCGCCCAAGAGGUGUUCCAGGAGCUGCCGCACGAGUACGUGCCACCCGAGAUGAUGAGGAAGGUCGCCGAGCACGGAGACACGACAAAGAUCUACGCGUGCGAGGUGCGUCGGAGGCACCACCUCGAGCGCAAGGAAGGCGGGGGUUUCGACGCGGAGGAGUACGACCAGCACCCCGAGCUCUACACGUCGACCUUCAGCAGGAAGAUAGCGCCGUACGCGUCGGUCAUCAUAAACGGGAUUUAUUGGGCGGUUGACUCGCCAAAACUGCUCACCAUACCCGACGCCAAGAACCUUCUCAGGCCGGCUUACACGCCUUGGCUGCCCAUCAGCGUCGGGGCCCCGGCUUUGCCCCACCGGAUGCUCGGCAUCUGCGACAUAUCCGCCGAUCCGGGCGGUAGUAUCGAGUUCAUGAACGAGUGCACGACGAUCGACACGCCCUUUUGCCUGUACGACGCGGAUCGCAACAAGGACACAAAGUCGUUCAAAGGCCCGGGUGUGCUGGUAUGCUCGAUCGACAACAUGCCCACCCAAUUGCCCCGCGAGUCUACCGAUUUCUUCGGCGACCUGUUGUUCCCGUACGCCGUCGACAUCAUACAAUCGGACGCCCGCAAGCCCCUCGCCGAGCACACCUUCAUACCGGCCGUGCACAACGCCAUCAUCGUCUCGAACGGCGAGCUCACCCCCAACUUCCAGUACAUAAACGAGCUCAGGCAGCAAAACACCAACAGGAGCCGGCAAAAGGACCAAGGAAACGUCACCAAAAACCGGACCGUGGUGGUGCUCGGCGCCGGGUACGUGUCAGCCCCGCUGGUCGAGUACCUGCACCGCGACGAGAACCUGCGUAUAAUCGUCGGGUCGCAGUACAAGGAGGAGGCAGACGCCCUGGCCAACCGGUACCCCGGCCUCGAGCCCGUGUUCAUCGACGCCCAAGCCAACCCCGAGGCCAUGGACGAGCUCGUCGAGGUGGCCGACGUCGUCGUCUCGCUACUACCCUACUCCCUGCACCACGUGGUCGCCACCAGCUGCAUCCGUGCCAAGAAGCACCUGGUCACCGCCAGCUACCUCAACGACAGGGUCAAAGCCCUCCACGACGAGGCCGAAGCGGCGGGUGUGACGAUCCUGAACGAGGUGGGCCUGGACCCGGGCAUCGACCACUUGUUGGCCCUCGAGGUUUUCGACGACGUCCGCCAGGCCGGUGGCCGAAUAGAGUCCUUUGUCUCCUGGUGCGGGGGACUACCGGCCCCCGAGAGCUCCUCCAACCCCCUGAGGUACAAGUUCAGCUGGUCGCCCCGGGGGGUCCUCCUGAACACCCUCUCGCCGGCCAAGUACUUCCACGGGGGCCAGGUGGUCGAGAUAGCCGGUGGUGGUGACCUAAUGUCGACCAGCAUCCAGGACCUCGAUUUUCUGCCCGGCUUCGCCCUCGAGGGCUUCCCGAACCGCGACAGCACGGUUUACAAGGAGCUUUACGGGCUACGGCACGCAAACACGGUGCUCAGGGGCACUCUGAGGUUCAGGGGUUACUCCGACACGGUGCAGGGCCUACAACUGCUUGGGCUCGUCGAUCCCAACCCACAGCCGAUUCUCCACCCCAAUGGGCCUGAAAUCACCUGGCGCGGAUUGGUCUGUAAUUGCUUGGGCCUGGUGAGCGACAAUAUAUUCUACGAGAACCUGAAGCAAAAACUGGUGGAGCGAUUGGGCUCGGAGAGGCGGGCCCAGUCAAUCGAGGAGCUGGGCCUGAUGAACGAGGACCCGGUGCUCAAGCUCAACACGCCCCUGGACACUCUCAGCCACUACCUGUCGAGGAAGCUCGCGUACGAGAAGAACGAGCGCGACCUCGUGAUAUUGAGGCACGAGGUGGGCAUACGCUGGCCGGAUAACAAGCUCGAGGAGCGCGGCAUCAACAUGGUCAGUUACGGCGAGGUCGGGGGUCACUCGGCCAUGGCCAAGGCCGUUGGGUACCCCACUGCCAUUGCCGUCAAGAUGAUACUCGAUGGAGAGAUCCAACAGCGCGGGACCGUGUUGCCCUUCGCCCCCGAUAUUUACAGGCCAAUGUUGACGCGGCUGCGGGCCGAAAGCCUCGAAUCCUUUGAAACGUCCAAGUGGCUUUGAAACCCCCAAUUGAGGGUCAUUGUCCACGGAUUUUUUUUUGUUUUGUUCGUUGAUACUUUUUAUUUUUAAUUAUUCAUCGUUUAAUAAAGCGAGUUGUUUUUCCGUACGAUUUUUGCGUUCGUUAUUAAAAUACAUUAUCUUUUCUCGUCGCACAAACUGCUGAAAUUUAAAAUGGAGAAAAAAUAUAUUA